GAACAGUAAUGAGGUCGAAGACUAUGCCAGAAGGCUCGGCGGUGGCGAUGUUGUUGUCAAAGCUCAGGUCCUCGGUGGUGGUCGCGGUAGAGGUCACUUUAAAGAGAACGGUUUUCAAGGCGGUGUUCAUAUUGCGAGCUCCCCCUCAGAGGCUCGAAUCGUGGCUGAGCAAAUGCUCAACAAAUCACUCGUUACUAGGCAGACUGGUCUUAGUGGUAGAACAUGUAAAGGAGUCCUUCUCUGUGAGAAGUUGCCGAUAGUCGCGGAAAAAUAUUUUGCUAUUAUGUUGGACCGAGGGCUUGGUGGACCGGUGAUGGUAAUGUCCAAGCACGGUGGUAUGAGCAUCGAGGAGGUCGCUAUAGAGCACCCAGAUGCUGUCACUAAAAUCCCAAUUGAUGUCACUACUGGCCUCACUACUCGUCAAGCUGAGGAGGCUGUCGAACAUUUGGGUUUUAAUGGUGACCCCUCUGCAAUGGCGACUCUGAAGGGCCUCUACAGGACUUUCGUCGGAGCCGAUUGCACUAUGUUGGAAGUCAACCCGUUGGCUGAGCUAGAAGAUGGGAGAAUUAUGGUAUGUGAUGCAAAGCUCGCUUUCGACGACAAUGCGGCCUUCAGGCAGAGGACUAUACAUUCACAACGGGAUGUUACUGAGGUUGACCCGAAAGAGGUUGCUGCCUCCCGAUGUGGCCUCAACUACAUCAGUUUGGACGGCAGUAUAGGUUGCAUGGUAAACGGCGCUGGACUUGCUAUGGCUACUAUGGAUCUGUUAUCAGUUAAAGGUGGCAGCCCUGCAAAUUUCCUCGACAUUGGAGGUUCUGUUGGGGUCGAAGAAGUGAAGACUGCUUUGGGUAUCAUAAAUUCGGACUCCAACGUGAAGAGUGUACUCAUCAACAUCUUUGGUGGUAUAGUGAAGUGUGACGUUGUCGCUGAGGGAAUUGUGAGAGCCGCUCAAGAGCUGAGCAUCGACCAUAAACCGAUCGUGGUGCGUCUCGUCGGCACCAACGUGGAGAGAGGCAAGAGCAUCUUAGCUCAGGCUGGACUGGAUUAUUACGCAAUUGACGAUCUCAACGAAGCCGCUAUCAAGGCGGUUGAGCUGAGCAAAGCUUAA